CAAAUGCAACUUUUACUUCCGGCUGCGUACACGGCCAUCGCGCUUGGUUUCGUCGACCCGUUCUUCGCAGUUCGUCCUCACACCAUUCGAGUGCUGAUCGCUACGUAAAUCUACGUCCUCUGCCCUACGAUCGCCACCUGCGCUCCGCAGUUCUAUAUCAUCCGAGGGGUCUCUUUUGUUUGUCGUAUGUCCAUCCAGAAUCUCAACACAUUCGACCCCUUUGCAGAUGCAAUCAAGGGUUCAGACGAUGACGUCCAGGACGGCCUCGUGCAUAUAAGGAUUCAGCAGCGGAAUGGUCGUAAAACCUUAACAACGGUGCAAGGACUCUCCUCGGAAUAUGACUUGAAGAAAAUCGUGAGAGCAUGUAAAAAGGAGUUUGCCUGCAAUGGGACAGUAAUAGAGCACCCGGAGUACGGGGAGGUGCUGCAAUUGCAGGGGGACCAACGAGAGAAUAUAUGCCAGUGGCUGACAAAGUCAGGUCUGGCAAAACCUGACCAGCUGAAAGUCCAUGGUUUUUAAUCGACUAACAGCAACAACAACAAUCAUCAUCCAUGCCACAACUUACAACAGCAGACAGCUCCGCCCCUCGUCAGUGCUUCAUCAUCGUCUCAAAUUGAAUCUGUAUAUCAGUCACUAAACUCCUCGUGGGGAUUAUAUUCUAUUACACAUCAGCAUAUAAAUAUAAAUAUAUAUAAAUAUAUAUUAUAUAUAUAUAUAUAUAUACAUAUAACAAUACACAUACACACAACGCGCGCAUAUAUAUUUCAAUAAUAAAAAAAAAGAAAAAAACGAAAACAUACGAAACGGAGAAGGAAGUAAACAAAAGAGAAGGUUAAAGAAAGAAGGAAAGGAGGAGAUAUAGCGAAGAAAGAGGGGAUAUAUAGGUGUAUAAUCGGCGUAUAGGCAAUAUAUUCUACUCUAAUCACAAAAUCUUUUUCUCAAGAUAUAAAAGCAAUACAUCACACUGUAAGCCUUAUGUUAAGUGAUAGCAGCUGUUAAGGUAGGAAUUUCCUGCCUUGCAGCAGCGGGCAGGACACACCUGAUUUUGAUAAUCAUCGUCGAGGAGGUAGAGGCAUAGAUGAACGAGCGGUGAUUAGCAGUGCCGGAUGGAUGUUCGUUCUUGCGUUAGGUAGUAUGUAUCUGGGCGCGAUAGACGUGUUCCGAGAAAGCAGCAAAGCGUAAUCGUAGGAUUCUCGAUUGAUUCUGCUCUUUCUCCUCACAUCCACUCUUCUUCUCCGUAUCCCUUCGUCUUGUAGCGAAAAAGCGAUAAGAAAUUUUCUUUUUUACAUUUAUAUUCCGAAAAUGAAAAGUGUUUCGUGCUUGUUUUUGAUUGCGACGAUUUGUUGAAUAUUUGUAGGACAGUUUUGGCUCUUCCUCUCGCGUAGGACAUGUUCCGUGUCUCGUCUUCACUCUUGCUUUCCUUUUUUUUUAAGCCAGUAAUUAUUAAACGACGAAUUGUUUUGAAAUAAUAACGAGAGUUAAUGGAAAUUUGUGGCUGUUCUAGAUAAAUAAAUAAAUAAAUACAUGAA